GGGUGGAGUGGACUAUCUCCUCUAAGGCUGCUCUUUCCACAAUAGCCGUCGUAAUAUUAUUUCCUGUUGGACUGAUGCUGUUGUCUGGCAUUGCCUAUUUAAUCCGCAACUGGAGGAUCCUGCACCUGGUGCUCUUCAGCCCUCUUCUCCUUGUUCUGGGAAUCUUGUACUGGUUUCUCCCAGAGUCAGCUCGCUGGUUGAUGGCCCACGGCAGGAAGGAGGAGGCACAAAAGGAGAUCCGGAGAGCAGCCAGGGUGAACAGGAGGACUGUCCCAGAAGAUCUGCUGGACAAGCUUGAGAUCGAGGGUAAAGUGGAAAGUAGAAACAUGUUGGACAUCUUCCGAAUAUCGUAUUUGAGGAAACGUACUCUCAUAAUGGGCUAUAACUGGUUUUCAACAAGUCUUGUGUAUUACGGGUUGAGCCUGAAUGUUGGCAGUUUUGGUCUGAAUAUCUACCUCACACAGUUCAUCUUUGGUGCUGUUGAAAUUCCUGCAGCCCUGAGCGGUUUGGCUCUAAUUCAACAUUUUGGAAGGAGAAUAUGUCAAUCAGGCUUCCUGUUCUUUGGGGGUGCUGCUUGCCUCGUGGUCCUUGCUAUCCCAAAAGAUCUUCCUGUGGUGGUAACUAUCAUAGCUGUACUGGGGAAAUUUGCAACUACUGCCGCCUUCAACAUAGCCUACGUUUACACUCCAGAGUUAUACCCAACUAUUUUAAG